CCCAGUCCCUGACGCCCCCUUUGGGCCUGGUGGGGGCCGGCCCUCCCCCCCCUCCGCCGAUCCUCAGUCAGUUCCUCUUCCAGUCUCGGGCCGGUGGUCCGGGCUCCUCCGAGGGCCAAAGGGGAAUGGUGGCGGCGCGCCCGGGCCCUCGACUCCUCCGGGCCAUCCGAUGCCCCAUCGCCCGAGCCUGCAGGGGACUGGAGCCCCUGAGAACGUCCGGCUCCCCUGUGUUCCCUGAUCUGGAUACAUUCCUGGCCUCAUGCGGGGUUUCUAGGCAAAGACACUGGAGAGGUUCGCCGCUUCCUUAUUUGACAGAUUGAGGAAACUGAGUCAGAAGCGACUUGCCCAGGGUCACACAGCCAGGAUGGUCUGAACCUCAACGGGCCAAAUUCUCCUCUUUCCCUCUCCCGUCCCCAUUACACACAUGGAGAAUCAUGCAGGACCCAUUCCUGACUUAGUGGUGUCCAGGAGGCGGCCGGCGGCCCACGUUCCUGCCCCGUCGUCCCUCCCUCGCGGUCUGGUCCAGCCUCUCUUUCUCAGCCACCAUAAGAGCCAGAAACCCUCCUAGCUCCCCUGCGCAGCAGCAUUUGCCUCCCGAGGCCCUCCUGGCUGGACCGCGUCGUUCUUUGUGGGCCUCCCCAGGUCUGCGAAGCUCUGCCUUGGGGGGUUUGACCGGCGAAUGGUUCUUCCCGCCUGUCCUGAUCUGUCUCUACAAGGCAGGCCCUGCCCUGGCACUGGGGGCACAGAGGGGGGCAGAGACAGGUUCCUGCCCUCGGGGGUAUCAGCCCACUCAUUCCUCCACUGUUUCACGUUGGGCAGUGCCGCCUUCAACCUGCAAGUGGCCACUCCAGGGGGGAAGGCCAUUGACUUCGUGGGCAUGAACGAGAGCAACACGCGUUGGAUCCAAGACUUCCGCGUCAAGGCCUAUGCCAGCCCUGCCAAGCUGGAGUCCAUCGAUGGUGCCAGGUACCAUGCCUUGCUCAUCCCCAGCUGCCCCGGGGCCCUGACCGACCUCGCCAACAGCGGCUACUUGGCCCGCAUCUUGGAGCACUUCAGCGCGGAGCAGAAACCCGUCUGCGCCGUGGGGCACGGCGUGGCCGCCCUCUGCUGUGCCACGAAGGAGGACAAGUCUUGGGUGUUCCGGGAUUACAGCCUGACCGGGCCCUCCGUGGGUGAGCUCAUCCGGGAGCCCGGCUUCGGUGGCCUGCCCGUCAUCGUGGAAGACUUCGUGAGGGAUGCCGGGGCCUGCUUCAGCGCCAGCCAGCCGGACGCCGCGCACGUGGUCCUGGACCGGCACCUGGUCACGGGCCAGAACGACGCCUCCACGGUCCUGGCGGUGCAGAACCUGGUGCUCCUGUGUGGCGGCAGGAAGUGAGAGGAGGCCUUGGCCGUAGGCUCCGGACGCCCGUGGACCACCCUGGCCAGAAGCAGCCCCGGCGGAGCCCCUUGGGGGUGGGGGGCCCCCCUCCAGCGAGGCUGCCCCUUUUCCGGCAUGGCUCCUCCCCCCCUUUCCCUGCAUGGACCGCUCGGACCCUGGGGGGGGCCACGUGCCCUUCUGGGAGUCACCCUGGCCGGCUGGGCACAGAGAACGUGUCCCUCGUGGUGCCCUCGAGAAUGGGGCUGGCACCCAUGCCAGGGCGUUGAGGCCCAGCAGACCUGCCCAGGACCCGGCAGUCUGCUUCCUGCUUCCGAGCAAGGGGCUGAAACACCCACUCGGGGGGGGGGGGGGGCUGCCAAGAGGGGCCCGGGAGGCCCAGCAGAGCCCUGGCCCGCCUUCUGGGGCGCUGCUGGGUUUCAGGCCUCCCUGGACAGCGGGGAGGGAGGGCUGCUGGGCUCCUUCCUGGUCACUGAAAAUCUGGGGGCGCCCAAGGGCAUCCCCACAGCCACUGCCUGGGUUCCUCCAGCCGCCCGGCCCCCCAUUUCAGCUCCCAGGAAAGACCCAGAAAGGACCCUGAAGGAGUGGGUGCAAGAGGGUGCAGCAGGUGCCUCCCACGAAGGCCAGGCCGGGAAGCAGAAUCUUCAGGCCCAAAGAUGGGACAGCUGGACGGCCAGGGGUCACUCUCCUGCCCAGAAGCCUGGAGGAGCCGCUCUGGGCUGAGCUGGGCGGAUGUCCCCUUGGACCUCCCGGACAGCCACCACCCACAUGCCGCCUUGCCUUCCCUCCCUUGCCCCCCUGGGCUCUGCCACACUGCCCGCCCUUCUCUGCUCUAAGUGCUGCCUCCUCCAGGAAGCCCUCCCCAAGCAGGGAGCGCCAAUACAAGCUCAUGCUAGCCUGC